ACCGCUUUAGACAGUCAAAUUUAAAGUUUUGAUCUUUGAUUGCUUGCCCAAUAAAAGAAAUCAGAACUAACAUUCACUUUCUAGUUUGUAAUUAUUCAGCAGCCUACUUAGGUAAGUAGCCCACCAAAUAUUCUAAUUUUGGAAACAUGCAAAUAUUCAAUUUCUUGUGCCACUACUGCUACUCCCUUUCCAGGGUUCGAUAAGGAAAAAAAAAGAAGGUAGAAAUUGGUGUAAAAUGUUGGCUUUAAGCGUGAAUUCAAAAAGGCAAAGGCGACCGAACGUUACGUUAGGGGAAAUUGGAGAUGUGUCUGCUGCUUUUGCAUGUGUGUUUUCUCAGAAAACUAAGGAAAAUCUGGUUCACAAAACAUGGAAACCUGAUUCUCUCUACUCUCAACACAAUGAACUUGAUACUGUUGUUGAGUUUUCUUCAAAGGGAAUUUCUCCAGAUUUCUUCAUAUCGGCUGAUUCCCAACACAACACAGAGAACAAGAACCCGAAUUCUUCGAAAUCAGGUUUCGAUUCGGUUGGUGCUGAUGAAAUUCACAUGAUGAAGUCUGGUUUAAUUUUUGGUACCGUAACCAGAAAGAGUAGGGUCAUGAAACGGCGAGGGCAGAGUAGGGAGGGCAAUAAUUGCUUGUUCGGUAGUGCUUGGAGUCGGAGUUCUAAACUUAGUCCUCGGUUUACUGGUGAAGAUAGAAAGGAGCAUGGUGAGAAAGAGUUAACGGGAAUCGGAUCAAAUGCUUUUGCUGGUUAUUGCCCUGAUAAUGUUUUCCAAGACAUAUUGGAUCAUGAAACAUCAGCUAACAGUAAAGAUGCUUGUGAAUAUAAUUUGUAUGAACCUGGUUAUGACAGUUGGAAGGAUGCUUUUUAUGAAGGAAACAAUGUGUUUCUUAAAUCUGAUGAUGCAUGGGACCAAACAAUAUAUACGCAUAAUGACACAACUAGUGUCCGAGGAUGGUUGGAGGACCUUGGAUUUGGCAGGUAUGCUGGUAUAUUUGAAAUGCACGAGGUCGAUGAGGAAAGUCUGCCUCUGUUGACACCAGAUGAUCUCAAGGAGAUGGGUAUAUUUGCAGUCGGCCAUCGACGGAAGUUGUACCAUGCAAUACAAUGGUUAAGAGGCAAUGAUUCUUCUUGAAGACUCUUUGGAUAAGCGGAGUUUGAAGUGUCACAAAUGAUGCUGCUAUGCCGACUGUUGUAAUUCGAGGACAAGGAAACGUUAUUGCUGUAAAGCUUAGGUAUGAAUUUUGUGUUUAAUGCUAGUGUUGUUGUUAUGAGCUUUAUAUCAAAAGCUCAAACCACAAAUCAUAAUCUUCAUUCCAAAAUCUUUUUAAGUAGUUGAGCGAUCUCAUUUUCUUAGUUUUGCAAAUAAAAACUAUGUUUAUAUAUAUCUGUGUGGGCGCGCGUGAGUGUUGGUGUACCACUUUUUCCUUUUCUUAAAGUUCGGAAUCGUUUUAUGAUGAAAAUAAGUAAUGGAGUGCUAAA